AUUGUAGUAAAAGAGGUGAAUGUUGAAAUCAUCAUCGUCUCUCUUUGCGAACUCGAUUCUGCGUCGCGGAUGGAAAUCAAUGUCGGAGGUGUACAAAACACACGCCCUCCUGAUCCAACUUGGUCUCUCCGAGGAAGAGCCUUUCGUUUCUCAAACUCUGUCUUUCUCUGCUCUGUCAUCAUCAGGCGACCUCAAUUACGCUUACAGAUUCUUGUCAAAACUAUCUAAUCCUCCGAAUUACGGCUGGAAUCUCGUAAUACGAGGCUUCUCAAACAGCAGAAACCCCGAGAAAUCGAUCAGCGUUUAUAUCCAGAUGUUGAGGUCCGGGUAUUCACCUGAUCAUAUGACCUAUCCAUUUCUCUUGAAGUCAAGUUCUCGUCUUUCGAACAGAAAAAUUGGUGGGUCUUUGCAUUGCUCCGUCGCUAAAACUGGGUUUCAGUGGGAUUUGUUCAUAUGUAAUACUCUUUUUCAUAUGUAUGGUUUGUUGCGAGACAGAGCUUCUGCGCGUAAGCUGUUUGAUGAAAUGCCUGUCAAGAACUUGGUCACUUGGAAUGCUAUUUUAAAUGUGUAUGCCAAGUGUGGGGAUGUUGUUUCAGCAAGACAGGUGUUUGAUGAAAUGACUAUGAGAGAUGUUGUGUCUUGGAGUUCUAUGGUCGAUGGGUAUGUAAAAACCGGUGAUUAUAACGAAGCGUUAGAGAUUUUCGAUCAGAUGAUGAGAAUAGGUUCAUCAAUGGCAAAUGAAGUCACUAUGGUUAGUGUUUUGUGCGCUUGUGCUCACUUGGGUGCGUUAAAUCGAGGAAAGACGGUACAUCGAUAUAUACUCGAGGAGCAUUUGCCCUUAACAGUUAUAUUGCAGACAUCUCUUAUUGAUAUGUAUGCUAAAUGCGGCUCAAUAGGAGACGCUUGGGGCGUGUUUUGUAGAGCAUGCGUUAAGGAAACAGAUGCACUGAUGUGGAAUGCUAUGAUUGGAGGGCUUGCAAGUCACGGGUUCGUUAGGGAGUCAUUCCAAUUGUUUCACAAAAUGCAAGAAUCUAAGAUUAACCCAGACGAGAUAACAUACUUGUGCUUGCUUGCUGCUUGUUCCCAUGGUGGGUUAGUGAAAGAAGCGUGGUAUUUCUUUAAUAGUCUAAAGAAAAGCAGAUUGGAACCACAGAGCGAGCAUUAUGCUUGUAUGGUUGAUGUGCUUUCUAGAGCUGGUCUAGUUAAAGACGCACAUGAUUUUAUAUCUGAAAUGCCCAUAAAACCGACGGGUGCAAUGUUGGGUGCUUUGGUUAAUGGGUGUAUAAACCAUGGAAACUUUGAGCUUGCGGAAAUAGUUGCAAAGAAGAGUAUUGAGUUGCAACCGCAUAAUGAUGGACGAUAUGUCGGGCUGGCAAACGUUUAUGCUAUCAACAAGCGGUUUGGCGCAGCUCGGUCUAUGAGAGAAGCAAUGGAGAAAAAAGGAGUGAAGAAAAUUGCGGGACACAGUAUAGUUGAAUUGGAUGGUACACGACAUAGAUUCUUAGCUCAUGACAAAACACAUGUUCACUCCGAGAAAAUCUAUGCAGUGUUAAAGCUAAUUGAAACUUGGAUCAAUUUCGAUGUUGACUAUGAUGAUACUGAAGACACCCAUUGUUUUUGUUUUUAAGAAUUUCAUAGUAAUUUCUUAGAUAAAAGUUCAACUAAAUUAAGUUGAGAAACAUUAAUGGUUCAAAGGUUAGAGUAGAACAAUUUUGAUGGGUUAGUCUUUAA